CCAUCAGAACAAAGAUCUCAAAAAGGAUUGGAACAACUGAUGGAUGAAGAUGGCACCUCAUUGAUUCAUUGAUAGGAAGCUAAAAAGAUUGGUCUGAUCCCAAGCCUCGUGCAUCAACCUUGUCUUCAACUAAUCUAGCCUGCUGUGGAUUUUGAGAUAAGCUUGCAGCAUCAUGCCCACCUCUUCUGCUUCCUCAGUACCUCCGUCUCCCUUUUUCAAACCCAGACUUGCUAAUACUACCGCCACGGUCCAAACCCCGGGUGGAACGGUUCACCAACAGCCAGACCAAGAUAAGGAACACAGGUCCACUCGUCUCGGUUGCGCUUGCAAUCUCAUCAAUGCCAUUGUUGGUAGUGGCAUCGUGGGAAUCCCCUAUGCCCUCCAACAAUCUGGCUUUAUCGCUGGGAUUGGUCUCAUUGUCUUGUGUGCCAUUUUGUGCGACAAAUCCUUACGGCUCUUACUCGCCACUGCCAAACAUGCCAAGGUACCGUCUUACGAAACAUUGGCCGAAGCUGCCUUUGGCAAGGGUGGAUUUCUCUUUAUUACCAUCAACAUGUUCAUCAUGGCGUAUGGAGCCAUGCUCAGUUAUCUCAUGAUUGUCAAGGAUACCUUUAGUGUCGCAUUGGGAAUACCACAGGAUGAUCUCCCGCGAAAACGGGCCGUACUCUUUGUCAUUUCGUUCCUGAUAAUUGUCCCGCUCAGUGCUCAAAGAGACAUGGCAGAUUUGGCGAAAACAUCACGAAUAUCCGUCUUUAUUGACAUUUUGCUAGUGUUGGUGGUAGCCUAUAAGAGUCCUCUGGACCUGGAUCGCGCCAAUGUCCUCUGGCACGAUCAAGACUUUAUAGAGCACAACUUGUGGAUUCAUACCGAAACCAUCUUUGUCGGAUUGGGAGUGCUCAGUUUUGCCUUUGUCUGUCAACAUUCUGCAUUCAUUAUUGCCGGAUCGCUCGAACGACCUACAUUGGCACGAUGGUCCAAUGUCACCAAUGCCGCCCUCGUCGUGUGUGCCGCCUUGGCAUUGACCUGUGGGACUGCGGGAUACUUGGGAUUUCUGCAGGCUACUCAGGGAAACAUUAUCAACAAUCUACCCAUGACCGGGGAUAUCUUGUCCAAUACAGCCAGAGGCAUGUUGGGCACCACCAUGUUGCUUGUGUAUCCCAUGGAAUCCUUUGUGGCACGACACGUCUUGGUAGUACUACUGUUUGAAGGACGACGAGCCCAUGAAGGAGAUGAUAGCAGUAUCCUGGCGCGACGAGAUCGUCGGGUUGCAUUAACCAUGGCAUUGUACAUUUCCGCAUUGGUUCCGGCCUUGCUGUUUGAAAAUUUUGGACACGUCCUGGCUGCCACGGGAGCUGUGGGUGGUUCUUGUUUGAGUUAUAUUGGACCCGGUGCCAUUUAUCUCGGCAUUCAUGGAGAUGAGUUUCUAGAUUUGAUUCGAAAGGGAACCUGGUGGAAUCGAUGGAUGAUGACGAGCCACGACGACAACACUGCUGCUACAACUUCCAAUCCAGCAACUGCUACAGUGGAUUUGGAAACGACGGCAUUGCUGCAUGGCAAAGAUCAGGGCAAGACAUCAGCCCCGACAGUGGAUCCUGGAAGUGGCCCCAACAAUCUACAUGACGGCAGCAACCAAGCUUCUUGGUUGGCGCAAGCGCUACAGGCCAUUUCUUGGUAUUUGGGUUUAAUGCCUCUUUGGUGCGCAAUAGCUCAAUUUGGCGAAGAGACGCUGACCCAACAUCGACAAGAUUUGGUUCUCAAAAGUCCGCACCCGCUGCGAAUCGGAGACGUCGUUCCGGAUACACCCCAAGCGACACCACGAUCGUCUACAAGGGGGGACGACGACGAUGAUGAUCACCGAUUCAUUCGGCUUUCCUUGCAAGGGGUUGAAAACACGGCGAGGGCAAAUUCCUUUCACAGCGGGGAACGAGCAGCCCCUGGCGGUAAACCGACUGCUUUGUUGGUAGAAUCCUCGGGCAGUCUCAUGGCACCAUCCUACCAGACAAACUCAUCAACGACAGCAAAAAAGCCGGCCACACCCACCCACAAGAAGACUCUUACUACGGCUCCUUCUUCUUCUUCCCCUGGAACUCCCAGUCUCAAUCAACAGAUAGGAGCCAAGCUGGUAUCUAUGCAAAAACAAAAGCAAAAUCAACGACACAAAGUCAAGAGUCGAGGGUACUUGUCCUUGGAAAAGGAUCCCCAAAAGUCUCCAUCUACAGUCAUGGACUUUUUGAUUGCCAUUUUCUUUGUUCUCUUUGGUGUGGUGGCCAUGGUGGUUGGACUGGUGUCCAUGUAUAUUGCAGAUGGCUAAGUUCCGUGAAGCCAUCAAAUUAGCCUGUACUAGUAUAACUAGCUGUAAAACUAGCUAGCGUGAUGUAUUGUGCAAGAGACUGCCAUAAGCAAGAGUUGUUUUGUCAAUGGUGCGGAAGGCGCAUAACUCCUUUAGCUGGCUGCCUAGCUAGCAACGCGUCUGAUCGAAAUCCUAUUAGUCGAGUUAAUUAAGUAGCUUCCCAGACGUAGCUUUGCUGGGCGGCCAUCCAGUGAGAUGACUUGGAGACUCGACUCCACCUGUGCCUGUACCUCUUUCUGCCUGGUAGAUCACAACGGAGUGCACGCACUUAUUUGCCACACCCUGCCUGUUGGCCACCUGAGAGUCUCUCCAAUAAAAGCAAGCAACUCUAUGACAAACAACCUGGAGACUUCCACAUCAUCACUGGCCUCGGAGCGGAAGGGCCCCACCAAUUCUACCGGUAGCCACUAGGCGUCCUUGUUUGAGCAAGCAAGCAUUUAGACAAAAGCUGGCGCUAAAGUUUUAUUCAUAGACUCCGUCGUGACAACACACAACGGAGCUCGUGGUCAAGAGAUGGACUACUGUUUGACAGGCAGCGACGUAUUUGCUGCCAGGUGCCUCCUCAACCGGGGCUCGUUCCUAACUAACUAAUGCUAAUGUUGAUUGUAGGUUUUGCCAGCAACUGCUGUUCCUCUCUUUUUCUCUCUCCCCUUUUUCCUUUGUUGUCGUAUUUUCGUUUUUAUAUUCCUUUUUCGUUAUUACGAUUCUGUCUGAAAAAAGGACUUGAUGUCAUCAUUUUUGAUCCAUAUUUCGGGAGAUGGUUGUUUGGACAAGAUGAAUCUCACAACCGCAUUUCCCAAAUCCUCGACAUUAAUCACUUUGAAGCAACACCAGAGGGGACAUUCGUAGGGACAGCACACAUUGAGUGGGAUCCAAAAGGGCAGUGUCGAUCCUUGCAGUUCGGGUACCGUAUGUCGCACGCCACUGACACAACCCGCUUGCAAGGCAACGGCGUAUCCACGCGUGUCGUGUUGUUCCGCUAAAAAAUCGUCCAUGACGCGUUUGCCUUCAUAGUAGCCCGGGAAACUGCGCAUAUUGAGAUUGGCAUAGAGAGCCUGACUCCAGUUGGUGCGAUCUCUGGAAAUGACACAGAAUUUGGGUUUACUACUAUUCGCAGUAGUAGAGUGCUGUGGCAAGGAAUAGCAGAUUUGGUAGGCAUGAAUGUUGGCUCGUCCAUUGGUGACGACCAUAUUGUCAUUGUUCCAAAGCGUGAUACAGCCAAUGCAGGAGACGACACCCAAAAAGUGAUUGGCGGCAUUGCUGGUCCACGGGACAAUGGCCCGCGCCACAGUGUCGGGAGACGACGACUGGCGCAUAUCUCCCGCAAGGAAAUGCAAUUGACCAUCGUGAAUGGCGCGACUCAGACUGGGAUCUUUGUCAUACCAUUUGGGUGCCUUGCCCGUACGCGUAAUGACGAGAAGCUCCAGCUUUUUCGACGUUGUUGCUGUCGUUUUGGCAGCGUGCUGUUCCAAGGCAGCCGUCAAGACCGAGGAACCCACAAAACCAGUUCCUCCAAACACCAAAAGGACAUCGGAACCAGCAGAGUCAAUGGGUGGACUACUACUAGUACUAGUACUAUCUUCAUUUCGAGCACCAGGAGCCCCGCGUCUUGUCAGUAGUGCCUGAUCCAUUCUCUCUCUCUCUCUCUCUAUUGCCGUACGAUAGUCUCUUGCUCUAUAGGAUCUCUAUCUGAUAUCUGUGCUCUAUUACCGGUAGCUAGCUAGCAGCGGUGGUUCCCAAGUAGUGACAUCGUUGCUUCUUCUUUUGUCAUUUCUUUUGAAC